AUGGAUACCAAAACCUUGUCAAAUAAUCGAGAAUACUUGCUUUCUCCCAAAACGAACACCUAUCGUCGUCGUUCUAAAAGUCUUGGAGAUAAGGAGGAAAAAGAGGGAACUCAUAACCAUGUUAGGCACCAUUCUCCUCCACCAAAACACGCUCACCAUCAACCGGUCAUGAAAUUCAACAGUGACAUGUGGAUGCAGGAAUUUAGGCAAUCCGUUAUUAAAAAAUUAUUUAAAGAAGAACGCUUCAAAGACUUUCAAAAGAGGCGAAACUUGGAUAGCAUUAUGGAUAUCAGUGAUGAUGAAGAGUGGGCGGAACAACAAAAGAUCAUUCCGGUAGUGAUCGCAGCCCCCGAUUUAAUCCGAUCGGUGGUUCAAAAUGAAUGGGCAAACUAUAGCGCGUUCUCUUCAGAGUAUCGUCAGUGGUUACAACAAUCACAGAUAGGGACAUCGCCAAUGGAAGUUCAACAAUUGCAACAGCAACAUGAAGCCUUUAUUAAUAGUUUGCCCUCAGAAAUUGCUCAAGCUGUUGCAACAAAGAAUUUGCCUUCGGAUUG